AUGAAGGAAGAUGCUGUAGCGAUAUUGAAGUUCCUCGUCGCCGGCCAAAUGUGCUUCUACACACUUCUUAUUUCGGUCAAAAUGUCGUUGAUGACGUUAUACCGGAAGCUGCUCGCCGGACUGCCGAGCAUCUACAGAAAGAUAUGGUGGGGCCUAAUCGCGUUUUGCGUGUUGGCAUGGGUUGGUAGCAUCAUCAGCACUCUCACCACAUGCAACGAUCUCAACGCCGAGUUUAGAGAGGGUCAAUGCGGAGGAACUCCCAAUGACGACCAGAGGGUUAUAUUCAGCCUCUACUUCGCGUACUCUGUUGAUGUGGCAACUGAUCUAGCUAUCAUGAUCCUACCGCUACGUCUUACAUGGAAUUUUCAGAUGCCUCGUAAGCAGAAGAUAGGUAUCUUCGUAUUGUUCGGUAGCGGUUUCGUUUGCAUCGCUUUUGCAACAUUACGUUGCUUACAAGUUGGCGUGGAUGGCAGUGGAGAGGCUACCACGCCUGAACCUAAAUGGUUGAUGCUGUGGACUAUACUGGAAUGCUCAAUAGCCAUCAUGAUCGCAUGUUCGCCCGCCUUCGCGUCCUUCAUUCGGAGGCGUAUGAACUCUACGAAGCCAUCGUAUAACGUACAAGGCUACUUAAAGCAAGGGGCCGAUGAGAUGAAAAUGAAGAGCAUCAUCAGUUCCCCAGGCCAAUCCAAGCGCAAUGCCGCGGAUAGAUACUGGGACGAUACACAUAGUAGCCAGGAAGAACUCAUGGAGAACGCUGUGGGUAUCAUCGUCAAGACGACAGUACACCAAAACGACGAGAUUUCCAGUCAUAGUUCGAAGCAUGGGGGAAAUCAGCGAACCCUUGACAGCAGAAUCGUACAGCGAGGGCAGGAAAGUGGAUAG